AAUAAAAACGAAAAUGUCCCAAUUUCGUGAGACGGCCGAUAAGGCUUUGAAAAUGUUACGCACCCUGCCGCGCGUACAAAUCGGUAAUAUACGUCCAAAUCCACAAUCAAAACAAAAUGACAAACGUGGCCGUGCACAGCAUGGUGGUGACAAACAUGGUGCCGGCAACAAAGGCUCGGGUCAACGACAAAAUUUCAUGCGUCUUGGUUAUGAAACAGGCAAUACCCCCUUCUAUAUGCGUUUCCCCUAUGAACCCUAUUACAAGGGACAUCAUUUGCGUCGCCAGUAUCCACCAAUUUCAUUGCUCCAGCUGCAAGUAAUGAUCGAUACCGAUCGCAUUGAUGUAUCGCAGCCAAUUGAUUUGAGCACUUUGUGCAAUACCGGUUUGCUUAGCAUUGAUCCGGCGACCAAAGAAUUUGGUUUCCAAUUGACCGAUGAGGGUGCCGACAAAUUUAAGGCUAAAAUAAAUAUUGAAGUACAACAUGCCAAGGAAUCGGUUAUAGCGGCGAUUGAACGUAAUGGGGGUGUUAUACGCACCGCCUACUACGAUCCCAAAAGUUUGCAUGCCCUUAAAAAUCCCAAAAAAUGGUUAGAAAAGGGGGUGCCCAUACCGAAACGUAUGUUGCCACCACAGGAUGCAAUUUCAUAUUAUACAUCGGCGGAAAAUCGUGGUUAUUUAGCAGAUCCUGAAGAAAUUAGCAAGCAACGUUUGGUAUUGGCGCAAAAAUAUGGUUAUGAAUUGCCGAAAAUCGAAGAUGAUCCACAAUAUGAAAUGUUAACUAGCAGCAAGGAUCCACGACAAUUGUUUUAUGGUUUGGAACCGGGUUGGGUGAUUAACCUGAAGGAUCAAUGUAUCAUAAAAUCGAAAGGUUAUAAAUCGAGUGUGUAA